GCACGUGGUGGGGCGAGGGAGUCCUACGGGCAGGCGACACGCUGCGAGCCGCCGCGCACCGCUGGCAGAACGCAGGCAGCGCCGAGGUCAGCCUGGAGAGCGCCGGGGCUUAGGCGGAGACCGUCGGAGGCGGGGCAGGAGGGUCGGCGCGGCGCCGGCCUCUCAGCCUGGCCCCGCACGGGGAGGGGGCUCGCGGUCCCCGCAGGGGCUGCUCCCCGCGCCAGGUCCCUUCAGAAGGCAGGUGUCAGUACGUUAUCGUCUCAUCCCAUGUCAUAGCCCCUCCCCCAGGCCUGGGAUUUCCCCGUUUGCCCGGCCCCAUUAUCCCCAGGCACAACCCCCGCGCCGACCCGCGGUCCCUGCCGGUUCUUCUUCUCAACUGGCCGGUCCUCCGCAGGAGACUCUGGUUAGGACGUUCUCAUCCGCGUCACUUCAUCCCUCUGCCUGGCUCACCCCAAGUCCGUGAACCCCGGGCCGCGUCCAGCCCAUUGUCCACGGGCCCAGCUCCGCGCUGACCGCAGGCUCGGCCCUAGCCCCCACCCGGCGUGUCUCUCCCGGCAACGCGCGGCGACCCGAGAUGCAACCCGCGGGCUGGGCGGCGGUCAGGGAGGCGGCGGGCCGCGACGUGCUGGCCGCUGACCUCCGCUGCAGCUUCUUCGCCUCGGCCCUGCAGAGCUACAAGCGCGACUCGGUUCUGCGGCCUUUCCCUGCGUCCUACGCCCGCCACGACUGCAAGGACUUUGAGGCCCUGCUUUCAGAUGCCAGCAAGUUACCCAACCUGAAAGAACUUCUCCAGUCCUCAGGAGAUGAGGACAAAUGGGCCUGGGACCUGGUGAGCUGGAUAUUAUCCUCAAAGGUCCUGACAAUCCACAGUGCAGGAAAGUCAGAGUUUGAAAAGAUCCAAAAGCUGACUGGUGCCCCUCACACGCCUGUCCCCGUGCCGGACUUCCUGUUUGAAAUCGAGUACUCCGACCCAGCCAACGCCAAAUUUUAUGAGACCAAAGGAGAACGAGACCUAAUCUACGCCUUCCACGGGAGCCGCCUAGAAAACUUCCAUUCCAUCAUCCACAAUGGCCUGCACUGCCACCUGAACAAGACAUCCUUGUUUGGGGAAGGGACCUACCUCACCAGUGACUUGAGCCUGGCCCUCAUUUAUAGCCCCCAUGGCCAUGGGUGGCAGCGCAGCCUCCUCGGCCCCAUCCUUAGCUGUGUGGCUGUGUGUGAGGUCAUUGACCAUCCAGAUGUCAAGUGCCAAACGAAGAAGAAGGAUUCCAAGGAGAUAGAUCGCAGGAGAGCAAGAAUCAAGCACAGUGAAGGGGGUGACAUCCCUCCAAAGUACUUUGUGGUCACCAAUAAUCAGCUCCUGCGGGUGAAGUACCUGCUGGUGUACUCGCAGAAGCAGCCCAAGAGGGCCUCAAGCCAGCUCUCCUGGGUUUCCAGCCAUUGGUUUACGGUCAUGAUAUCCCUGUAUCUGCUGCUGCUGCUCAUAGUGAGUGUCAUCAACUCCUCAGCUUUCCAACACUUUUGGAAUCGCGCGAAGAGAUAAUCCUUCUGGGCUUGGUGUCGGGGCCAUUUCAACCAUGUGCCUUACGGUAACUUGCUCCAAACCUCCCGUGCCCCUUGUCCAGCCAGGUUGAGCCUGGGGGCAGGUUGGGGACCAACCACAGGACAGUUUUCACAUGCCAUAAAUGUAUCCAUUGCCUUUGAUGAUGCUCUCAGCCACACUCUAGUCAAUGGAGGUCACUGAUCCCUCACUCAGGUUUGGAGGGAGAUCUCCUUCUGCUUCUUCCUAAACAGUCUUAGGGAGUUGGCUUUUUUUGCCAGGGCCAAAGGAGAAAGUCCUGCCGUAUUUAAAAACAAAGUGUCCAGGCUGUCAGUGGGGUGUUUACAAUCGCUUCUGGCGGACACUGGCCUUUUCUCUAAUGCCUUCUGGAAGGCAGAAAAUGUGUAGUGGGGACUAUAAAUCACUAGGCUGUUGCCUUGUUUUGACUUGAGACACCCAAGAGGAAUAGUCAUGUUUCUCAUAAAAAUCGGUGGGAUCGUUCUGAAUUCCAUCAGCCUUUGUAUGUGAGUGCAAAACACUUUCACAGUUUUCUCACAUUGACAAAUAGCCUUCUGCUACAGCUGUAACCCCUCUGCCCGGACCAUGGAUGAGAAAGGAAGGAGUCAGAAACCUGAUAAAAAACAAUGAGCAACUCAAGUUGUCUCUCUCUAAAAAUUACCUACUACUGAUGACAGCUGAGACGGAACCAAAUGUUUGUUUUCCGAUUUUAAAAAAAGCAAAACAAAACAAAAAACACAACUCUGACAAAUUCGUCUUUGUGAGCUGAGUAAAAGGGGAAAUUUCUAAACCCAGAGCACCACUUGGCCCGUGUUUGCAGCCUCUUUCCUGGCCGUGUUUUAGGGAGGAGGAUUUGAUCGGCAGGCCUGCCUCCUGCUCUCGUUCUCACAAAGCUGCCGUGAUUGCAGCUUGCCAGCCUUUGGUGCCACACUGCACGCCUUCUGUGGGCGGCUGGCCUUUGAGACAGGCCUGCGUCUCUGGGACUCGGCCUGGCUUUACACGUGCGGGAAAAGCCUCAGGCUGCUCAGAGAGCUGCAGUUCUACCUGCUGUGUUUGCUGCCCCUCCUUCCUGUCCCAUGUCAGCCGUCAUGGAGCCCUGUGUGAUUUGGGUGAUUUCUGUAAAGGUGGAAAGUCAUUUUUCUAUAAUUUGUAAAGUUGUGAAAAAGCCACUAUCAUGGUUUUUACAUUGAAUAUUGGAACAUUUCAGAAAUAAUAAAGGUAUUUUCCUAAUU